AUCAGCUGACUGGAUCAAUUGUUUGUGUUUAUUCAAUCGCAGUAUUAGAAAAUUGUGUUUUCGUUUCAACAGCCAGUUGUUAGCUGGAGCAGAUAAAGGACGAGUGACAGCGGCAGUCAUUAGCUGGUGAGACUCAGACAACAAAGAAAGACUUGUUCGGGGUUCGAGUUGAAGACAAGACAACAACACUGCGGUCGUUUCGGAACACUGACUUUGUUGUUAACCUAAAUUUUUGUUUAAAGGAGAAGGUUUUAUUAUGCGUUAAUUUUAUAUACAUUGACAUUCCUUAAAAUGUUUACAACUUUUCUUUUUUAUAACUAAGUACGUAUUGUGAAAUAAAGCUUAUUGAAGAUGGAAGCUGGAGAAAGUGGCGUAGGAGAAAAGCGGAAGCGGACAGAAAGUAACGGAGGCAGCAGUGACUCUGACCUGUCCGAUGGGUGGAACUUUGUUGAUCAGCUGGAUAUCAACAACCCAGAUGUCCCGAGUAGUGACGGGGAGAGUGUGGAAGUAAUUGAGGCUGAGGAUGAAAUUCCGGAACGUGGCAUAGAACCAGAUGGAGAACCAGAUGCUCCAGAGGCUGCAAGUCAACUGGUAUCCAAACCUGAGACUCCAGUGGUGCAAGUCAGCCAGGAGGAGGUGGGGGCAGCCGGUACCAGUGGGACUGAGCACUCAGCCCCCACCAGAGUUGUAGAGGCCGGACGGGAAGAGAUGUUCGAUUCCUCUUUCCGUUGGUUCCUAUUCUUUGCCACUUCUGCAGUACUUGUCUCCAAUCUGGCCUACAUGGCCACCGAUAAUGCUCUUGACUGGAAAAUGGAAAUGAAUGUUGAAACUCCAGCUUUUCUUAGAGAUUUGCCGAUUACUCAAAAGCUUCAGGAUAGUCUUCCGCCUUCAAUGACGUGGGCAGAUAAGUAUGAUGUGACUGUAGACACCUUAGAUGAGUUGUAUGCCAAUGAGGAGCAGGCCGAUAAGGGAAUGGCGAGAACAUCUGAUAACCCGUUGGAUGAUAUAAUUCAGUUUAAUGAAAAUUCCAAAGGGGUGUGGAAAAAGCAAUCAUUAAAAAUUGACAAUCAUCAAGUCAGAAAAUAUUUUGAAGUUUUAAAUGAAAUUACAGGCUCUGCUGAGAUGCACAAUAAAUUUGCUCAAGCGUUGUUAAUUUUGGAUGCACUUCAUGUCGGCUUGAAAGAUCUGGAAGAUGUUGUUACUGAAAAUUCAGAACUACACAGAGUUUUGAGAAAACAGAAGGAUACUUUGUUCAAUGCUCUCAAUGAAGUAGAAUUGGGGGUUUCAAGAUCUAUGGAGAAGUUGGCCACCAAUGUUCUAAAUAAGGUGAAAAAACUGGAGAGGAGAUUCGAAAACCAAUGGUGUAAACUAGAGAAGACUGGUUACAAAGAGGAAUUGAAAGGAUUAUUUUAUGAGUGUCAAGAAAAUGAAGAGAAGGCGUUUGAAAAAGAUCCAAAAAAUACCAAUGACGUGGAAAAAAGAAAAGAUAAACCUAUCUUUAAUGAAAAAAACAAUAAAAAUUCUAAUGAAAAGGACAGCAAACAUUUUAAUGAGAGGAAGGAUGGACAAAAGCAAACAGUUGUUGAAGGUUAUCAGUAUGAAGUAGACAAGGACAGCACUGGAAAGGUUUAUAGCAAACAAACCGGUGAAGGCAGAAAAAAUGGUGACUACUAUAAAUUGUUGAAAAGUGAGAAGAACAUUGAUGUCAAACAAUUAAAUAAACAGAAACAUAAAAGAUUUAACAGUGCGGAUAUUCAAUAUAUUUAUGGUGAUUCAAGUGAUGGAAAUGAAGGUGAAUUUUACAGGGAAAAAAACAAACAUUUCAAUAGUGGUAAAGGAGAGUAUUUCAGCGAAAUGAAUCAGAAGAAUGAAAAAACAAAAACAGAGUCGAUCAAAUAUGGCGAUAAACCAUCAAGUAAAUUUUCUCACAGAAUGAAAGAUGGAAACCCAACCAGUGACAAAUUUAGAAAUGAAGCUCCUGAGUCAAAAAGUGAAAGUUUACCAGAUAAAGCAACAUUUGAAUUCGUCACUAGAUUUUUGAAGGAGAGCUGUAAAAAUGGUUUGGUCAGUGACUAUCAAUCUUUAAAAAAUAAACUCAAUGAAAAAGUUAAUAUUCCAUCAGAACUGUUCAGUAAAAUGCAUGAUAAAUACUGCAAAAAUGUUGAUAAUAGUUUAAAACAGAACAAACCAACAACUGAUAACUUUCAACGUGACGUACCUCAAGCAAAACGUGAGACGUUCACUGUGGAUAAGUCAGCAGUGGAUAUUGUUACCAAGUACUUGAAAGAUAACUGUGGGAAAAGUCAAAGUAGCAACAACAAAAUGGCACCAGAUACCUAUCACACCUUAAAAGAUGUCGUCAAUGAAAAAGUAAAGAUCCCACCAGAAACAUUUGAUAAGAUGUAUGAGAGGUACUGUAAAUUUAGUGAUAAAGGUUUCAAAUGGGAUAGAAAUUUCAAGAAUGAUCAGGUGAAAGGUGACUUUGCUGGCAAAGAUAAAGAAAGGCAUUCUAAAAGAGCGACCCCUGUGAUUAAAGAUCGCAAAAAAUAUGCCGAAAGUGUUGUUGAGAUUACAAUUAUUGAUGAAUCUGAAAAGAAAGACAAAAGAGAACCAAAUGAUGCAGGAAAAGACAAAGUUAUUUUGCCAACCAACAAGCCUCGUCAAUGGACGUUUGCAUAUAAAAGCACAUCCAUAACAAAUAAAACGAACAAAAAUGGAGACUGGUUCAUUAAGUCAGGGGAAUCAAGGUCUAAAACCAGAUGGUCUCACCACAGGAGUGAUUGGUUGUUCGACCGAGCUUCCUACCGUCGAAGCAACCCACAUCCUCCAAACUGGUUCGCGGGCAGGCGCAAGAAUUGGUUCUUCCGACGGGCUUGGGCACGCCAGCAGUGUCGAGAAAACCCUUACGACAGCUGGUGUGAAAGACCCGAGGAGGAAACGGUCACUGUUCCGAAGAAGACCAGCUCAAAUCUCAGUUAGAUCUGUUCAACUCAACUUUGUAGAAUCUCGAACAUGUUCCAUUUCGUACUCACCGCAAAAAUCUCAAGUUUACAUGUUUUUCAGUAUUCAUUUAUUGAAAAGACACUAAUUGUUUUGUUUUCUCUAAAGUAAGAAAUACUUGUGAUUAAAGUAUACAUAAAUCCGUAAAAAGACAUUAUUUUCAAGUUUACAUUAAAAGUGAAAUGUAUGAAUUUUUGUACUAUGUGUUUUAACUAUGUUGUAGUAAAAUUCGGAGUAAUUGUAUUGUUUGAAUUUGGGAGAUCUAUAACUAAGUCAUGAUUUUAUCUGUAACAACCUAUUAUAUUUUUAUUUUGUGUGUGUUAUGACCAACACAGGAGUUGUGUUAGAUUUUGUUGUUGUAAAUUAGUUUUGUUAAGCUUAUUAAUUAAUUUAACCAAUUA